CAUCCACCGCCGAAGACGAGCUCCGUAUUGGGCUUCGUCGCCAUCUCCACCGAAGGCCAGCUCUGACUUCGUUUUCGUCGCCAUCUCCGCAGAAGACCAUCUCCGAUUUCGAGUUUCAGACCACCGGCGCAUCUUCAUCUUAUUCCACGCGAGCGAUCUUGGUCUUCGACCAUCGACCUGGAGUCUUCGUCCACCGGUACCGAUCUUGGUCUCUGUUUAAGCGAGCGAUCUUCGUGUUCGCCAUCUCCGUCGAAGUCGACCUCCGAUUCCGACUUGCAGACCGCCGUUCAUCCUCGUCGCCAUCUUCGUCCACGGCAUAACCUUAGGCUUUAGUAGUCGGGGAGACCCUAGCUGCAAAAGGUUCAGAAAAUUACAGAAUUUCUUUUGUUGUUUGCCUAAGUGCUCAGCCAGUUCCUUGUCCCUUUCUUUUCACUUCAGAAACUGCUAUCACCUCCUUCUGCCCAAGUAGCACAGGGUUUCUAUAUUUCUUGAUCCAUGGGAACCCCAGAGACCUCUCGGGAACCUUGCCCAGAUCGUAUUCUUGAUGACGUUGGUGGUGCAUUUGGCAUGGGUGCUGUUGGAGGUGCAGCUUUCCACUUUCUGAGAGGCAUCUAUAAUUCACCAAAAGGGGAACGCUUUAUUGGAGGCUCUCAAGCAGUGCGCAUGAAUGCACCUCGUGUUGGUGGUAGUUUUGCAGUCUGGGGUGGUCUCUUUUCCACAUUUGACUGCACUAUGGUCUACAUCCGCCAGAAAGAGGAUCCAUGGAACUCAAUUAUCGCAGGUGCUGCCACUGGAGGUUUCCUUCAGAUGCGUCAGGGUUUAGGGGCUGCUUCAAGGUCUGCAAUGUUUGGUGGGGUGCUACUUGCUUUGAUUGAAGGGGCCGGGAUAAUGCUGAACAAAAUAAUGAGCGCACAGCAGAAUCUUCCGCCAAUGGAAGAGCAGAUUUCCAAUAUUCCUGGUGCACCACCAGGAUAUCCAAUGGGACAAUUGCCUGGGCAAGCUCCAGUAGCGAUGGGAAGUUUGGGAGAUGGAUCUUCAUCAUCUUCAUCACCCCCUCCUGCCUCUACAUCCUCUUCAUGGCUUGGAGGCCUUUUUGGUGGUGGAAAGCAGCAGGAAACAAGUACAAGUGGCGGAAGCAAGACAGAAGUCUUGGAGAGCUUCGAUUCCCCUAGCCCGCCGAAGUUUGAAUACAAGUGAGGUUGGCAAGGAAUAUUGUGCUACAGUGAGCGAAAAAUCCUAUCUAAUUAGCCAUGGGACGGUGAUUUAGUUUUUGCUUUGAAAUUUCUGAAUGUGGAUGAUCUAGAACUAUUGGUAUUAAUUUUAUGCCCUUUAUAUGCCA